AUGAAAGAUCCGAAAGUUUCAAGAAUUCAAGUAGUUACGACUGACUUACCGUGGACAAAAAAACAAGUAUUAUCGACCAUUGCCAGAAUUCUUGUUAAUCUCAAUCUGUUUAAAACAGCUAAGCGUGUACAAGUGCGAGAUUUGAAGCAACAACGAUGGUCAACUCAUUUAUUUAUUAUACUUCUAUGCACUGCCAUACUCAUUAUUACAACAUACAACGGCACUAAUAAAAUUACAAGAACCAUUAUCGCCAAUAAUCCAUCACUUGAUAGUAUUGAAGAAUGGCAAGCAGAUUCAUAUAUUGCUUCUUCACUUCAAUGUCCAUGCUCACAAAUUUCCUCUCCUUAUCAAAGUUUCAUUCAUCUUACCGUUAAAUAUCAUCAAAUAUGUUCUAGUGAUUUCAUUUCGCCCAGGUGGAUCACCAGUCUCGAAGAUGCUGCUGAUCCCAUGGCAGUGGUUUUCAUCGCAGAUUUGCGUUUCCAUCCUGAUUUUUUCGAACUACUAGGAUCACUCUGCACAUUUGCAAAUAAUACAAUAUCUAGUACUCUAACUGGUUUCAGCAAUACUCAACUUGUUACAGCUGCACUACUUGUACGUCAGGUAUUCGAUUAUCAAAUGAAUUCAGUCGCUGAGUUUUUCAUACAAUCAACAAUCAACAAUUUCCUGCGCUUAAUACAUAUUCUCUCGAAUGUCACACAAGUGAAUCAAUUUAUCACAAACGCGUACAGUAAUUUUGAUGUUGAAUUGGCUAAUGUUUCGCAUGAGUCAAGCAACAUAUUCUAUCCUUAUCUGGCGCCUUCUACAUUCAUUCUUAUCGGCAACCAAACAGUGUCGUGUUUCUGCAUAACCGAAAUUUCGUGCAAAAUCCAAAUUGGCGUCUAUAUUGCAGCCAGUUAUGCUAUUCUCCUGUAUCCUAUUCCAGGAAUGUUCACUGGUUGUAUACCUAUGUCAUCAUUAUUGAUCUCGACACUUGAGUGCUUUUAUGAUGACAGCGAUUGCCUUUCUCAAACCGAUAAGACAAUGGAAAGAAAUUUAUCAUCAUGGGUGACUCAUCUUGAUUCUCAUUUGCCCAGUCAAUUUUUACAGAAUACAACUAUUAAUGUACUUCUUGAACAUAUGUUCCUUGAAGUAUGGACAAUUAAUAGUUCGUUUGAACGUUACUUUAAUGCUUGUGCAGUUCAAUCAUGUUCGUAUAUGAUUCUUGAAAAUUAUGCGGCAAUUGAAAUAAUUACAAUUCUCUUCGGUCUCAUUGGCGGCAUUUCGAAAGCUUUAAUUUUUACUGUACCAUUUUUUCUCAUGCUGGUUUUCUUCGCUAUCGACCGGUUUCAUCGUCACCGUGGGCACCAACCACAAUCAACAGAGGAAAAUCAAACAGAACGCGGAUAUUCACCACCCACCAAAGCUGUUGAAAAUGAAUGCGAUAUUCGUUUACAACGUUUAGCGACUAAAAUUUACACCAUUCUACUUCUUCUUGCACUUGUUAUACUCAUUUUCUACUCAUCUCUUACGUAUACAACAAAUAUAAAAAUUGCAAAUAUAUCCAGUGUAGACGAUUAUGUCAAGUUGGCAAAUGAAUACAAAAAUCUUAGUUUCACAUCAAAUUUUGAAUGUCUUUGUCAAAAACUAUCAAUUGUUCGUUCAUCUUAUAUUCAGAAACUUGAGCCAUCAUUGCAUGAUAUAUUUUCACCAACUUCCAUCAAUGAUGAAUGGCUCGGAAUUUUAUUCGAUACUUAUGCACACCUGGAUUAUUCUCAACUGCCAGUAUAUACAUUUCAAGGAACGGCUUUGCCGCACUAUCAAGCAUUGAAAGCAAUGUGUAACUUAGUACAAGAAACCGUCUAUGCUGCACAAACACUUUUUCUCAAUUCGGCUCUCAUCAUAUUAGAGAUAACUGAUCAAGAUGCAUUCGAAAAAGAUACGAAUGAAGCCAUUGAACAUAAAUGGACUCAAUCAAGCAAAUGGGCUCGUCUCUGUCUAUUCGAGCAACUGGCGUAUGUACCUGUCACAGAUGGUAUCAAUGCUCAGCCAGCUAUUAUCUCUUAUGAACCUCAAUAUUACGGAGAGUGUAAUUGUGCUACAGCAGCUACAUGUACUCAACAACUAGAGCCGGUGAUACCAGGCUACGUUGUCGGAUGUUCGCCGCUUGAAGCUUUGUUACAAUCGACGAUUGAAUGUCACUACGAUGCCUCAUGUAUUCAAUCAGUGUAUUUAUAUACAACAAGUUUUGACAAUGUUACUGACCCAAUUCAACCGCUUAAUUAUUCGCAUACACGUUUUCUAUGGAAUUCUACAAUAGCCACGCUUCUUGAAAAUAUGUUUAUUGAGUCGUGGUCUUCGAAUAUAUCAUACAAUAAUUUCUUUCAGCAAUGCCAUCCAUCAACAUGUUCGAGUGCGCUUAUUCAACGAUUCAAUCUGCUCUAUAUGUUCACGACAAUAUUUGGCAUUUAUGGUGGUCUCUCUACUAUACUCCAACUCAUUAGUCCAUCCAUUGCCAAAUUUCUCUACAAAUUUUUCCUUCGCCAUCGAAUACAAAUGAAGAAUGUUGAAACAGUCGAAAGACAAAACACACUUUAA